AUGAAGCACGCCGCGAAGCUCCCGUCCCGCGGUGCCCCGUCAUCGUCCGCGACGGCCGCGCGCAGGCUCUCCCACGCCAUCGCGAAGGCGCCGCCGCGGAAGAUCAGGAUCGUGCACGUCCUGGCGCCGGAGGUCAUCCAGACGGAGGCUCGGCACUUCCGCGAGCUCGUCCAGCGGCUCACCGGCAAGCCCGCACCGAACGGCGCCGGCGCGGUGGCGUCUCCCGAGGACGCGUCGGCGUCUUCGCCGCAGGGCUCGUGCGACACGGCGGGCGACGAGGGUCCCAGAGCCGGCGCCGCGGUGGCGGCGAUCAAGUCAGAGUUGAAGGAGGAGGCCGAGAUGUCGUCGGGAGGAGGAGGGUUCCUGCGUUCGCUCGGGGUGGAGGACGGCGACAACGAGGUGUUCUUCCAGGGGCUCGAGGACUUCCUCUUCAGCUCCUGCAACAUGGAUAUGGCUUUAGUUUGA